AUGCAAGAGGUUAUUACACUCUGCAUAGAGCAAGGCAAGGCCCCUGCACAGACCAUAGUCCCUCCCAAACCCCUGCCGAGAACUUCGCGCACUAGUUCCGUCUGUGAGUCGACUGAAGAAGCCUCCAGCGCCCCCAAACCGGUGGCCAGACCUCGUACUAAUAGUUGCGUUCCCAUUGUGACGUCUGUGAAUCCCAACGGCCCUAUCGGUGGUUAUAAGCCUCGUCUUGGCCCCAAGCCGUUUACUCCUCCAAACUUAAAUGAUACUGAAAAUACGUUUAGUAAAGUAUUCUGUGUCCCACCUGUUCCAGGACAGGCAGCGUCCAAUGGUGUCACUGGGAAUACAAGUGAAGCUGUGGUUACGCCUGAACAAGAAAAGGAAAAAUCGCCGACAAGUGACACUGAACCCACGCCACUGAAACAGGACAAUGAAAACAGCAAAUCGGGAUCUAGUGGCGAAGAGGAGACAUCUUGCGAUUCAGGUUAUAUUCCGAAAACACCCAGCACAGCGGAAAGAAGAAAACUAUUUGAAACCCGUACGAGUUCAAAAGAAAAUGAACCUGAGGACAAUUUCGAUGCUGUCGAUCAAAGUGGGAAUUUUGAAAGGAAUUCGUUACAGAGGAACAGCAUUGCAGAAAGACGAAAACUUUAUGAAAGAUCGCAAUCUGUUCAAGAUCAACCCACAACAAUUACAGAGAAAAGCACUUCUUCACCUAUAAUGCUGAGAAGAAAAGAUUCUUUUAAAAACCAAAAGAACGAUGAAGCUCUAAAGGAAGAUAACAGGUAA